AUGUCUCAGAUCCUCCGCCCCCUACGAGCAAACCUCGGCACCGUCGCCGCCCUCGGCGCCGGCGCCACCCUAAUCUACGCCUUCGCGAAACCCAAGCCCGCCACCGUCUUCGGCGGCUUCAGCCCGCAAUACCUCCGCCUCGAAGCCGUCGAGCAACUUAACCACAACACCAAGCUCCUGCGCUUCGCCUUCCCCAACCCCGACGACCUCUCCGGCCUCCCACUAACAUCAUCCAUCCUCACCCUCGCCAAACCCACCACCUCCAACCGCCUCCUCCCCACCCUCCGCCCCUACACCCCGCUCACCACCCCCUCCACCCGCGGCCACCUCGACCUCCUCGUCAAGCUCUACCCCGGCGGCCCCCACUCCACCCACCUGCACUCCCUCCAUCCCGGCGACCGCCUCUUCUUCCUAAACCCCCUCCCGAAUCACCCCUGGCAGCCCGGCCGCUACACCCGCAUCGCGUGCAUAGCGGGCGGCGCGGGCGUGACGCCGAUGCUGCAGUUGGUGCGGGGGAUAGUAGAGGGGAAGGAGAAGACGGAGGUGGAUGUGGUGGUCGGGGUGCGGGAGGGGCGGGAUGUGGUGAUGCGGAGGGAGUGGGGGGAGGUGGUGGAGAGGGCGGGGGGAAGGGUGCGGGUGUGGUGGGUGGUUGGGAGGGGGGACGGGGAAGAGGGGGAUAGGGAGGGGUGUGUGACGGCGGGAUUGUUGAGGGAGUUGGGGGUCGAUGGGGGGGAGGAGGGAGGGGGCGGCGGCCAGGAGAUGGUGUUUGUGUGUGGGCCGCCGGGGAUGGAGGAGAUGUUGGUGGGGAAGAAGGGGGGAGGGGGCGGCGGGGGGGUGUUGGCGGAGUUGGGGUUUGGGAAGGAGAGGGUGCAUAGGUUUUGA